UGAAUUCAUCGAUGAGUCUAAGGUUUAAUCUGUAUGUAAACAUAUUAUAUCAUCAGAGCUUGUAUGGAAGUACAAAAUUUUCCAGUAUUUCAGUAUUGAUUGGUUAGCUUAAUUGGAAACAUUGUCUACAAUAUAAGUGUUUUAAUAAAGACUCCCUUGUGAAUAAAAGCAUAUUAUGAGAAAAACGGCAACAAAUAGCUGAUUCAAGCAAAAUAGGCUCUCACCAUUGGUAUUGGCUUUACUCUACAGGAAUGUUGCUUUUAAACUAUUCACUUGUAUGGACGGAUUAAACAAAAUGAAGGAAUUAUUAACUGUGACAAGUAUUUUGAUAGAUUGUUCCUCGUAAUAGAUUUUGUAGAGUUUCUUGUGAUUUAAUUGGAAGAGAGUUUAUUUUAUGUGGAAUAUUACAGUCUCAGUGCAAUGAUAAAAUACAGCUUUGGUUAUAAAUUAAAAGAAGGACAGAGGUACAUGCAGCCCAAUCUUGGACCGGAAUGUGUCAAAUAACAAUGGAGUGUGUAGUAAAGGUGUUUCUUACAAGGGGAAAUAUUUCCCUGAACUGCCUAACUUAAAAAUGUCAUUUGGAACACCUUCCUAUCCUUCGCCGCUUGACAGAAUCCGUUCAGGGAACCAGGAAAGGAAGUCACAGCUGGGACUGAGUCCAGGUACCAAUGCCUCAUUUGAAGCAAACCAGUCCUUUCCUAAGGCAUCAAAGUCCAAGCUUAAGGUUCCCGCUAUGAAACUAAAUCUAGACAACUUCAAAGGCUCGGAAUUGAACGAUGUAAGUUUCACCUCAGCUUUUCCCAUGGGAGCGUAUAACCAUUCUGCUGAAAGAAGCUUUGAUCAAUCCCAACUUGAUAAAAGUAUGGACCAGUCUGGUCAUUCAUCAUCAAGGGAAGUAAGCCAUGUCUCAUCAAGGGAAGUAAGCUAUAUUUCCUCUAAGGAGAAUAGCAUGAAUGUCUCGUCAGGGGAGAGAAGCAUGGCUGAAAGCUGGUCUUUCUAUAAUCACAUCCGAGCCUGUGACGUAGGACCAACUCUACCGUCAACUGUGCGAAACCCAAACAAAGCCUUGUGUACUAUCAAUGGAAAAACUUCAGAGAUACUGGUAGCCAAUGAGAUGGCAUGUGAGUUGUUUGGUUACGAGGAGACAGAGUUAAUCGGGAUGAUGUUGAAAGAUCUUGUAAGAUUGAAGCCGCGGGAACAAGCUACCAUCAUGGAGUCACAUCUAGAACCGUCUGGCCAGGUUGUCAAUUUGACAGGAAAAGUGGUGGAUGCAGUUGACAAGAAUGGAUUGAUUCUUCCUGUAUCUAUGUGGGUGAAGAAACUGGAGACAUCAAAACAGCCAAGGUGUUUGGUUGUGAUGGAACCAGUGGAGAGAACUGUGGCUGUGGUGAAAUUUGCUGCUGAUGGUACCAUAGUGUCAUGUGAUGAUCAGCUGGCAUAUAUACAUGGUUUCCAUGAAAGGGAAGAUGUACAAGGUACACAUAUAAAAGAUCUGAUACCUGCUUUCAAGCUACCUGUUCCAGGAGAACGGCUGCCAAAGGAUGUGAGGAAACAACGAGCUACCGGACGGACACGUGAUGGUGCUAAUUUUCCACUGAGUAUAGCAGUAGAAAUGAUAGAAGACGAGGAUGAUGAUAAUUUACAUGACUGUGAUGAUCUUUACAAAGGUGUCGUGUGGGUGUUUGCUAACAUCAGUGGGCUGAUUACCUUUCUCCCUGACGGCACUAUACACAAUAUAAAUGAGAACUUUUCACUGAUGCUGUUUGGCUUUAAGAGCUCAGAAAUUAUUGGCAAGAAUAUAUCAACAUUGAUUCCAGACUUCUAUGAAAUAUUGGAUCUAGUGGAGAACAGUAUGCAAGUGUCAGGAGUAGAUGAGGACAAACUCUCUGUUCACAGUAAAGAUAGUGGGAAAAAUUCCUCCAGAUCUAGUAGUAAAGGAACAAGUCGCACAGAUAGUGAUGACCCUGGUAUAAGUUUGAGCCUCAGUACAGGGCUCCAUGGCAACCUGGAAGGGUUUGACCUGCAUGAACCAGGGGUUACCUCUACACCUAAUAAACCACCCUGUAAAAGGCGAUCACUAGAAGCCUUUGAACAGGAGACUGACGAUGAAGUUACCAGUAAGCCUGUGAUGCCACCAGUAGCAGAACUGAAAAUAGAUGCAGUUACUUCCCUUGACAACUCUUCACCAAACCACAGCACUGUUUCAACCUCCAGCACAGAAACUCUUCUGAUUGCAAGGGACACAACUUGUACUAAUACAAGCACAACCAGUAGCAAAAGUCUUCCAGAAGUUGAUGCCAUUGAAAGUCCAAGAAUAUGUGAGACUGGAUCUGCCAAAGAAAUGAUUGAUAAAACAUCUUCAACAGAUACCGUUGUGUACAAAAUAGAUAACUCUGGGCAGUAUGCAAUAGAAAAUAUUUCCCCUGAUGUACAACAGGAAAAUGAAAAUAACAAUGCUAUUGAUGCAAAAUUAGAUAAGCUCACAGUGUGCCAAAGUGUUGAAAGUUCAACACCUGUUUCAAAGAAUAUUAAAAAACUUGAGAAAAGUGAUAUACUUGCCUCACCUUGCCUGUCAGACAUUAUGAGAUUAGAUUCACAGAAGAAUUCUCCUGGAUGUGAUAGUUCAGCAAUAGAAGGUGGAGACGAGAUGACAAAUACUGAUUCUUUUAGUGCUGAAGCUGAUCAAGAUAUUGAGAAAUCUGAAUUGAACACAACAGAUGACCUCUUAGCUGCUACAGUGGGACUUUUAAAACUUGACGAUAUGAAAUGUGAGGACACUGAAAAAGAUAAAAAGGACACUUCUGAAGAUGGAAAGGUGUUGAGUAAGUUAAAGGAAGAAUCGGGUUACAAUGAUAUUAAUAGUAAUGCAAGUCAACAAAAGGAUGACUUGGUAAAUACAAGUGAUGGUGCUAUGAAAGGGAAGUGCUCUUCAGCAAAGAAGAUGGAGGAUGAAAAGGAAGUGCCUGAUGUUAACAAUGAGAUUAGUAUUGAUUCUGAUAAAUGUGCUAAUUCCGUGGAGGAGAGCGAUAAAUCCUUUAUCAGUGUGAUAGAAGACAUUGAUGAGUCAUUACUUCAUCGCAGCAGUAUUCACCAGUUCCUAAACUCCCGUAACAAGAGUCGGAACUUGGAGGAUUCUGGGUCUUUUCUGCGGCCAAAUGAAAGUCGUAAUAUGAACUGCUCUUCUCAAGGGACUCCAGGAGUUGAAGUUUAUUUUCCGAAAGGUAUAGAUUCGCCAGAAUAUAAAAACAAUCUAGAUAUUUCUAGUUUGGAACUAAGUGACCUUAGUAGUGAGGGCUAUUCACCAAGUUUGAAAAGUUUUGAAACACAUGAGAAAGGUGUGCGAUAUGUGACAAAGACGCGAAAUGGAUCCCGGUCGUCAGAUUACAGUUCGAACAGUACUAUGAUGUUUCCCGAGGGCAGUUUUCAAGGACAGUGUCAACACAGGGACCAGUCAUUACUUGGUAUUGUGUUUCAAAUAAAGCGUGUACAACUAGAAGAUGGUAAUGAGGUUUAUUGUAUGUGGGUGUCUCGUGACCCGGAGGAACCUGCAGAAUAUGGAAGGUCGUACGCCAAUCUUACCCUGGCAUCUAGUCUUAACAGUACAAUGGACCACUCUAACUAUAGUCUGGGAGAGGCCCUGAUAGAAAAAGCUCAGUCAGCUUCAAAAGACCCAUUAGAUGAAGAGGAAGACCCUCUGGUGGAGGCUCAUGUCCCAGAGACCGAGGAGGAUCGCGCCAUCAAGUACGGUCCUUAUAGCAAGCAUUAUCACACUCAUCACACCAUCGGGAAAGGUGCAUUUGGAUUUGUAAAGAUGGCUACCAGUAUCUGUGAUAGAAAACAGGUUGUUGUUAAAUUUAUACGGCGGGGAAAAGUGUUCAGUGAUUGCUGGGUACAAGAUACACGAUAUGGUAGAAUGCCGCUUGAAGUCAGCAUAUUACAUAAAUUAGAUCAUCCUAACAUAGUCAAG